AUGUCGACCGAGAGCUGUUACUACUGUGGAAAGCCCACUAGUGAUUGUACCUGUGCCGCUGGCGGCCACGAACAAGGGAUCUUUUUUGAAGGCGUCUACUAUCCAUACGAGGACCAGGACGGCUUCAGCUCGGGCGAAAGCCUUGAUGAUUCAUGCGAUGGUACAACUGAAGAAUUGACAGGCGCAAACUCAAGCCAGAUUGUGUUUGCCCCGUAG